AACAUUUCCACUCCAUCUUCACCACUCAUAUAUAUACUUCUCUUUAUGCCAACACCCCUUCCCAUUUUGGUCUUUGUUUUUCUCCCCCAUCCCCAACUCCUCUCGCUCUCCUUCUUCACCCCCGCCGCCACCACCGCUAUCUUUCUCUCUUUCUACCUCUCCCUCUCAGCUUUCCUGUAGAUGAUGAUGAUGAUGAUGAAGGACGAGUGGAUUCGAGCCGCGAUGAGCGACGACAUGGUAGUGGCAGAGCUGCUACUGCGUCUCAAGCAGUCCCACGCCUCACCGCCGCUCCUCACCCCCUUCAAGUGGGGCCUCCGCCUCCCGCGCUCCAGGUCCUCCUCUCGAUGCGACGUCGUUUCUGUCAGAAAGGACCGUGAGCCAACCAGACGCAGCCCCACCACGCCCCUCUCCUGGAGCGGUGGCGCUUCCCCCAGCGCCGCUGCUGACGCCGACGCCUUCGAGGACUGCAGCCGCUCCUCCUCCAUUCGCUUCGCCGCCGCCAGAUCCAAGGUUACGGCUUUGAGUGAGACCACCAACACCAACACCAAGAGGUCAAGAAGAAAGAAGACAUUUGCUGAACUUAAGGAAGAGGAAAUUUUGCUCUUGAAGGAAAGGACAUAUUUGAAGAAGGAGCUGGCAACACUUCGUGUAACCUUUAAGGAACAGAGAGCCACAAAUGAAAGCUUGAAGAGAAUGAAGAUUGAUUUCCAUUUGAACUUGGUGAAGGGUACUGGUGCAGCUGCCACCGAUGAAGCAAAGGAAGCAAUUCCCAGGAAAGAACCCCACAAGAUGGAAGGUCCUAGUGAAGACCAUGCCCCUUCAAUUGUUCCAGUGCAGGCCUUAUCUAACGAUCUCCUGCAAUCUGAAUCUUGCCAAGUAAAGAUGAAUGAUGCACCCAGAGACAAUGUUUUCAUGCUACCUGACCUAAACAUGAUGGCAAUGGAGGACGAUAUUGGCUCUGAGACCCUGUAUGGAAUGAUCUGAUAAUUUGACCAUUUCCUUGUAAGGCAAGUGGCUAUGAGAUAAUCAAUGGGCUUUGUUCAAUUGGACAAUGAUCCCUGUUGCUAGACUGCAUAUGGCCAAGGAGCUGUUCUCAAAUGUAAGUAGGAAAAAAAGUUCUUCUUCAAGCUGAGGUGCAGUCAACUGUAUCCAGACUCAGCCCUCGCAAAUUGCCCUGAAUAGGCAAAUAAGGUGAGUGGUUAAGAAGGAUUUGAGAACAGCAUAAUAGAGAUAUUCUAGUGAUUAGAUAUAUAGAGAUUCUUGUAGUUGUGCAGGACUCUCUCUUCAUUAUCUCCGAAAUUCAUUUGGGGUAAAUAACUCGGUUACUUCUUGUUUCGGAAAUGUUGAGGCAUAAUUGUGUCAUUAUAUUCUUUUGUAGGUAGACAGCAGAUGGAUUCACUCUCUUUUAAGAGUUGCUUCAAGCUAAUUUCACAAUUUUGUUCCCCA